UUGGUCACUGCGUGUCCCCAAGAUUGCUCCUCUUGCUUCAUCUCUCUCUCUCUCUCUCCUUCCUGAACUCACUCACUCAGCAGAGCUGACCACUGUGCCCAAGUAAAGGAACACCCAUCUCUCUCUCUUUGGCUGCUUUAAUGGCUGCAAGAUUAAAGUUCCAAGCUUUAAUCUCAUUGGCCUUCACACUCUUCUUCUUCACAGCUUACUCUUCUUCCUCAGAAGAUGACGAACUUGGACUUCUUCUCAGAUUCAAAUCCUCCAUUAAAGACCCAAAGAGCUCUCUCUCGAGUUGGUCCAACACUUCCUCUCUUCACCACUGCAACUGGACAGGCAUCACAUGUGUUAGGGCACCUUCCCUCUAUGUCUCUUCCAUAAAGCUUCAAAGUCUGAACCUUUCCGGUGAAAUCUCUGACUCGAUCUGUCAGCUCCCUUACCUCACCCACCUUGACCUUUCUGACAACCUCUUCAAUCUGGCAAUCCCACUUCACUUGUCUCAGUGUCUUACUUUGGAGACUCUGAAUCUCAGCAGCAAUCUCGUCUGGGGAACGAUCCCUGACCAGAUUUCUCAGUUCAGUGCCUUGAAAGUCCUUGAUCUCAGCAAGAACCAUGUCGAAGGAAAGAUCCCAGAAGAUAUUGGGUCGCUGUCGAAUCUGCAAGUUCUCAACUUGGGAAGUAAUCUGCUCUCUGGUACUGUCCCUCCUGUCAUUGGGAAACUAAGUGAACUCGUUGUUCUUGAUUUGUCCGAAAACGGUUACUUGGCCAGUGAGAUUCCUUCUUCUAUUGGGGAACUGGAAAAUCUUGAAGAGCUUCUGCUGCAUAGGUCAAGUUUCCAUGGAUACAUUCCCACUUCUUUUGUGCGUCUGCAGAGUUUGACGGUCGUGGACCUCUCACUGAACAAUAUAACUGGCGAAAUCCCUCGAUCAUUCGGGUCUUCUCUCAAGAACCUAAUCUCUUUCGAUGUUUCACAGAACGAGAUUUAUGGGUCUCUCCCUGGUGGCAUUUGCAAUGGCAAGAAGCUCAUCAGUCUCAACCUCCAUGGGAAUUUGUUCAAAGGGCCAUUGCCCAGCUCGAUCAACGAAUGCUCAAGUCUUGAGAGGCUUCAAGUGCAGAACAAUGGGUUCUCUGGCGAUUUCCCAGUUGGAACCUGGUCUUUGCCCAAGAUCAAGAUCAUUAGAGCCGAAAACAACCGGUUUUCGGGUCGAGUGCCUGAUUCUGUAUCAAUGGCUUCAGAACUAGAGCAAGUUCAGGUAGACAACAAUAGCUUUACUGGUGAAAUCCCCCAUGGCCUUGGACUGAUCAAGAACUUGUACAAGUUCUCUGCGUCAGCUAAUGGCUUCCAUGGAGAAUUACCUCAGAAUUUCUGCGACUCACCCUUACUCAGUAUCAUAAACAUCUCUCACAACAAGAUCUCGGGGAAGAUCCCGGAACUGAGGAAAUGCAGGAAACUCGUCUCGUUGUCUCUUUCAGACAAUGCCCUCACCGGAGAAAUCCCACAAUCCCUCGCUGAUUUACCGGUUCUAACGUACCUCGAUCUUUCAGACAACAAUCUGACCGGUUCAAUCCCACAAGGAUUGCAGAACCUGAAGCUUGCCCUCUUCAAUGUAUCAUUCAAUCAGUUGUCCGGUGAAGUACCUCACUCUCUGGUCUCGGGUUUGCCAGCGUCAUUUCUGCAAGGAAAUCCCGGGCUUUGUGGAGCCGGGCUGCCAAAUUCUUGUCCCUCUCAUCAACCAAACCACAACAAGAUCGGUGUUAGAACAUUGGUUUUGGCUUUGAUAUGUUUAGCAUUUGCCAUUUGUUCCGUCCUUUUAGCCGUUUGGUUUAUCCUCUCGUAUCGGUGCUUGAGAAAGAAAGCUCAACCGAAGAAGAGAGCUUUGCAUUCGGUUUUCUAUUAUCCUCUCAGGUUAACUGAAAAUGAUAUCUUGACAGUGAUGAAUGACAAGAAUCCUUCAGGAAGUGAAGGAGGAGGACCCUUUGGUAGAGUAUAUGUUAUGGGUUUACCGGGCGGGGAAGCUGUAGCCGUGAAGAAGCUCGUGAAUUUUGGGAACCAAUCCCCGAAAACAUUGAAGGGCGAAGUGAGGAACAUUGCCAAGGUUCGGCAUAAGAACAUCGUCAGAAUCCUCGGUUUCUGCUACUCGGAUGAAUCGAUCUUCUUGAUCUAUGAGUUCAUAGAAAAUGGCAGCUUGAGAGAUAUGCUCUCUAGGCCGAGUUCUCACUUGCCGUGGAGUUCGAGGUUGAGGAUUGCCGUCGGUAUCGCUCAAGGAUUGUCGUAUCUUAGCAAAGAUUACGUCCCCAAUUUGCUUCACAGGAACUUGAAAUCUACAAACAUUCUCUUGGACAACGGUCUCGAACCGAAGCUCACGGAUUUUUCGCUCGACCGUAUCCUCGGGGAAUCCGCGUUCCAGUCGAUUUCCUGUGCUGACUCGUGCUAUAUUGCACCAGAAUACAAUUACAGCAAGAAAGCAACAGAGGAGAUGGAGGUUUACAGCUUCGGAGUCAUACUGCUCGAACUCGUAACGGGACGGAGAGCCGAGAGAGCGGAAGAAGGCGAAAAGGACGAGCAGCCGCUCGAUAUAGUGAAAUGGGUGAGGAGGAAAAUAAACAUAACGAACGGAGCUGUCCAAGUUCUUGACCCUAAGAUAGUGUCCGAAUCUUCGAGGUCGGAAAUGAUAACUGCCUUGGACAUUGCUCUCCGUUGCACGGCCGUCGUACCCGAAAACCGCCCGUCGUUGCUCCAAGUUAUCAAGUCGCUUCAGUCGAUCGGCUCGGGUAUCCGCCAUGCCGAGGGAGAGCUUCCGGUUUCUGUCUGAACAAAUAACGCUCGUGCCAUGGCGUUUUGUGUCGGACUUGACAUAGUCCGAGGAAUAUAAUGUUGUAUGUGUUUUGCUUUGCUUCUCCCUUUAUGGAAUGUCACCAUCAUAUGCUCGUUGAAUGCGUAGAGACUUUGAUAGAAACAGAGGGUUUCUACCAGAAUGGCUUGAAUUCCAUCUUGCUUGAAUUGAAUAUCGAGUUUGACCGAAA